AUGGAAGUGGUUCCUUUACGACAGAUCACUGCUGAAGUUGUUGCACAAGCUUUUUACGAAUGCUGGAUAACUCGAUUUGGAGUACCUUCUCUCGUGGUUACGGAUCGAGGAACUCAGUUUACUUCAGAAUUAUUCAAAAAAUUAGCAAUCAUUUGUGGUGUAAAAUUACGGCAUACGACGUCUUAUCAUCCCCAAAGCAAUGGAAAGAUAGAACGCCUACAUCGCACGCUAAAAGCAGCCAUUAGAUGCCACAACUGUAUUCGAUGGACUGAGUCGUUGCCUACGGUUCUCAUGGGUUUACGAGCUUCUCUUCGAGACGAUUUUAGUUUUACAAUAGCAGAAAUGGUAUUUGGUAAAUCUAUCAAAUUACCUGAUUUCGGUCUGAGCAAUACAUACCAACCGAAAGUUCAAUUACGAACUCACUGUGGAUCCUUAGUAUACGCAGCUCCAGAAUUGUUCCAGCAUCAUUCUGUUUAUGGUGCAGGUGUGGAUUUAUGGAGUCUGGGAGUCAUCCUUUAUGCUAUGGUUGUAGGAAGUAUGCCAUUUGAAGUUUCAAAAGACGUCAAGAGCUCAAUUUCCCAGAGUAACAAGGAGCGAUUUCUUAUAAGAAUUUCGAAAGGCUUAACAGAAGAAAACUGGGAGAACAUGGGCCAUCUUAGUUAUGGUUGCUCCAAUUUACUGGAGAAUUUGCUGCAGCCAGAUCAGUUUAAACGAAUAAGAAUAGAAAGUGUAAGGCAGCAUCCUUGGUUUCUUAACGAUGAUGGAUUCCGAAAAAGGUUGCCACAACAUCGCAUGGAUCUCAAACGUAAAUUUGAGCCCGAAAUUAUAGAUAUCAUGGCGGAUAGAUUGCACCAACCAAAAGCAAGAAUCCGAAUGCACUUAUCAACUAGAGAGAAAUACGAUAGAGUUUCUGCUAUGUUUUUCAUCCUACAGGACACUUUAGUGAAAGAAGUUUUAUAUCCCCCGAAAGAUCUGGAAAACUCUUUCAUCUAUCAGUUAGAAUGUAGGCGUAAAUCCCAGUCCUCUGCAAGACGAGAACUUCCAGAGGAUGAACAAGAUCAGGAAUGCGAAGAAGAGAACGGAAGCUCAGAAUAUUCUAAUGAACAGAGUCCCCGGAAUUUUUCCAGCAGCGCGAGUACCUUUGUUUCUCACAAUUUUAUUCAUGAAGUUUCUGGUAAACCAGAAAUUCCUGGAGCGAAGAAAGAUUUCAGCGAGAUGGGCAACAUUGCAAACAUAAGGAAAAGGAUUGGAGACGGAGGCCAUUUAGAAAAGAAGACAUCUGAAAGAAAUAUACAUCGGGUAAAACCCUGGAUACCUAAGACCAAUAACCUCGCAUCAAAUGAGAAAUCUUCGAUUCCACAUAAAGUUGAAGACGAGCGUUUAAUGCUUGCAUAUACCACAGCAGAACACCGGUUUCGAUCUUACAAAAGCAAUCGUCCAACAAGAGCAACAAAAGAACACACAUUCACUGAACAGAACAAUUCUGAAAAGCUUUCUGAAGAAAAUGAUUAUCGUGAAACUGUUGAUAAGAGACGAGAGCUAUCGAAUUAUUCAGUGAAAUCUAAUUUUCAAAAAGAAGUCAAAUCAUUAAAGGAAAAAUUCGAAAAUGAUUGUGCAAUCUCAAUUCAAAAUAAAAAUCGACGAGAUUACAAUCUCAGAAAUCAUAGAACAGAGGCCUUAACCUCGAAUUCGGUAUAUUCCCAGCCGCCUAUUUCAGUGAAGCCCUUAACUGUUGUUGAUAAAUAUGCUGCUCAACAAAUAACAAAAAAUGAAAGAAGAUAUGCCUUAAGGCCCAGCACCAUUGAAAGAUCCAUUAAAACAUCUCAAACGAAUCCAGUUCACAGCAAUAAAUCUUGCCAAGAGUACAACAUAGCCCCAACUGUUUUAUCUCACAAUCAGAAACAACCUCAAGUAAUGAAGCAGAGGUCAAUGAUCAUAAGAAGAAGUAACAAUGCAUCGAGUUCAUCUCAUUCAAAUAACAAAACUACAGCAAACAGACUUCAGUAUGGACCUCAAAGGGCUUAUGCACAGAGACCAACAUUUGAUGCAUCAAAAAACAAAUCAAAUUACGAAAGUAGGAAAAUAUAUAAAGUGCCACUUGGUGUUGUUUCCAAUAGAGAGUAA